AUGAUAGAAAAACAGUCCUUAUUUGUUUUUACUUUUUUUACAUUAUUAAUACUUAAUUCAUUAUCAAUAAUUGAAGCUGCUACUGUCAUUGGCAUUGAUUAUGGAACUGAUUGGUUUAAAGUUUCAAUAGUAAAACCGGGAAUUCCACUCAAUAUUGUAUUAAACAGAGAUUCCAAAAGAAAAACACAGUCUGUUAUAACUAUUCGCGACGAUGAAAGAUUAUACGGUGCUGAUGCUGUUAACAUUGGGGCAAGAGUUCCGAGCAAUACUUACUUUAGUCUUAAAAGGCUUCUUGGAAGAGUAGUAGAUGAUAAGUACGUACAAGAAUAUAAAUCAAAUUUUCCUAAUAAAAUAAUAAAAGAUCCAAUAAGAGGAACUGUUUUAUUUCAACAUAAUGAGACAACAACAUUUUCUGUUGAGGAAUUAGUUGCAAUGCAAUUAUCUCAUGCUAAAAAGCAAGCUGAAGUCACCGCACAAGAAGAAGUCAAAGAUAGUGUUAUUACUGUUCCUCCAUAUUAUAAUCAAUUCGAAAGACAAGCCAUUCUGGACGCUGCUGAAAUUGCUGGAUUACGUGUGCUAUCCUUGAUUAAUGAUCUGACAGCUGUUGGAAUAAACUAUGCCAUUACACACUCUUCUUCUAUUACUGAGGAUCCACAAAUUCAUUUAUUCUAUGAUAUGGGUGCUGGAAGCACUAAAGCUAGUGUGAUCAAAUUUAAUAUUGUUAAUAACAAGGAUGCGGGUCCUUUCAACAAGACUUUUAUUAAUUUAGAAGUUUUAUCAACCGGAUACGAUAGAACUCUCGGGGGACAAGAAUUUGAUCUUCGGCUUAGAAAAUAUUUUGCGACAAAGUUUGAUAAUUUACACAGUAAUAAGUUGAAAGAAUCCAUUUUUAAGUCUGAUCGUGCUAUGACAAAACUAUUUAAAGAAGCAAAUAGAGUGAAACAAAUUCUUAGUGCCAACACAGAGACAAUUGCUUCAGUAAAUUUUAGGAUCGCAAUUUCAAGGAACGAACUUGAAUCUAUUACAAAUGAUUUGAUUGGGCGUGUUGAAGCUCCUUAUAUCACAGCAUUAAAUAAGGCUAAUCUGACAUUGGAUGUGGGUCGUUUCAACAAGGCUUUGGUUAAUUUAGAAGUUUUAUCAAUUGGAUACAAUAAAACUCUUGGAGGACAAGAAUUUGAUUUUCGGCUUCAGAAACAUUUUGCAACAAAAUUUGAUGAUUUACACAGUGGUAGGCUGAAAGAAUCAAUUUUUAAGUCUGAUCGUGCUAUGACAAAAUUAUUUAAGGAGGCAAAUAGGGUAAAACAAAUUCUUAGUGCUAACACAGAAACAAUAGCUUCAAUAGAAAAUUUACAUGAAGAAAAAGAUUUUAGAAUUACAAUUUCAAGAAAAGAAUUUGAAGCUAUUACAGAUGAUUUGAUCAACAUUGAAUAA